UAAGAGAGCCAUGGUCGCGCUAGUUGACGGUAACUACUUCCGGUUCCCGUCUGCGUUUCCUUCUAGCACGCUAGAGGUUAAAUAGUCGUAUAAUAGCACCUAGUGAGGGAAGACUUAAUGGAUCUAAAAGUGUUAUUUUCUUUAGAUUACCGUAAACCGGGAGAAAUUAAGAAGUCAAACUAGACUAGACAUUAUCAGGUGGUAGAGAACCGACAGGUCUGCUGUGUUCUGACACCAUAUAUUUUCGUUACACACUAACUGACCAGUGCGCUAUACUGACCAGUGCUUCAGACUAGACUAGACGUUAUCAGGUGGUAGAGAACCGACAGGUCUGCUUUCCGUAUAUACUUCGUUAAACACUAACUGACCAGUGCUUCAGACUUCAGCUCCAGUGCAAUGACCCUGAGGUGUGUUUUAGUUAUUGCCCGGUGUUUUGUCGGGGCUGCGAGGUCACUACAAGGCACGUGCAACCUGCUGUGUCCAUCCAGAAACGUAUCAUCCAGACCAGCUGACCACCUUAAAAGGACAGCUAGUGUUUACAGACAAAAGGCCAUGUUUUCAGCACGAGUUUGUGCCAUUACAGAUGAGUCCGAGACUGUGAAGAGGCUGCAGCUGGAGGUGCCACAUCCUGAAUUUAGUUUCCAUGCUGGCCAGUGGGUGGACUUUUUCAUCCCAGGUAUGGAGACAGUGGGCGGCUUCUCAGUCUGCUCCAGCCCCGGCCUUCUGCACAGAGAAGGAGUUAUAGAGCUGGCAGUGAAGUACACAAAGCACCCACCUGCACACUGGAUACACACCAAGUGUGUGGUAGGUUCAAACGUAGAAGUGCGAGUUGGAGGAGAUUUUUAUUUUGACCCCACGCCGUCCGAUCAAACAACGGACCUGCUUUUGGUGGCCGGUGGUGUGGGUAUCAACCCCCUUUACUCCAUCCUGAUGCACGCUGCAGAUCUACUCCAGCUGCCGCAUGCAUACAAACCAGGACACACACACCUGUGUUACAGUGCCAAGAACACCAAGGAGCUGCUGUUCAAAAACAGCAUCAUUGGUGUCUGUCGAGAAUUUCCAGAUAAGUUUUCAUGCGAUUUCCGAGUGACGCAGCAAGAUUUUGAGAUCGAGUCGAACCUCCAGCCCUACACAAGCAGUGGAAAAAUAUCACAGGAAGUUCUGAGGCAUCACAUUAACCCCGAGCGCACGUUAUGUUAUUUGUGUGGACCGCCCCCUAUGCUGGAGAGCGUGAGUUUAGACCUGAAAAGUCUCGGUCUGCCUACGAAUCGAAUCCUUUAUGAGAAGUGGUGGUAGAUCUCCAGACCAUCCAGUGCCUCUGGGGCUUGAGGACCAUCAGAAUAUAUCAUUUAUUUUUUAAAACACACUUUACAUGUGCAAUACGAUUUCCUCUUCAGCCUGUUGUUCAAAGCACAAAUGAUGCUGAGCUCUUCCUCAGCUAUGAUUAUCACUCAGAUAUGGUUAUGUAAAAAAUAAUAAUUUUUAUUUCCGAUUAAAAUGAUGUUUUCAUAAAGGAUCUAAAUGUUUAAAUGUAGGCAUCUCUUUUUUUUCUUAAUAAAAAGAAUGUCUGCACCAAUAGGAAGACAUGUUCUACUAUUUAUUAUUAAUUUAGCAUAACUUAAUUUCUUUAGAACAAUAUCUGCAUUGUUCAUGUUCAUCAAUGAAGACCUUUUUGUGAUAUCUUGAUGGCAACGAAGAUCCUGUAUAUGUAAAUAAAAUCUUUUAACAUGUCAGAACAUUAACGAUCUGUGUGGUGGUUAAGCUCUGUCCUGUCUGGUCAUUCUCAUUCAUGAUCUCUCAUCACCGCACACAGAAUGUGUUUCGGACUAUUCUGAAAAUUCCAGGAGAUCCGAAGUUUCUGAAAUAUUCCACAAUUCACAGAGAUGAAAUUUUUCCCAUUCUUAUUCUUAGCCGCAGACUAGUCAGGGUGCCCGUGCUGACCCCUGUGU